AACUCAACUUGACCCAUAAGAAACCAAAACCACUCUCCAUUGCAAACAAACAGAGAAAUACCAAACCAAAACCAGAACCAAAAACCAAGCUUAAACAUGGCAGAUUCGUAUUGCUCAGACUGCAAGAAACUAACCGAAGUAGUGUUCGACCACUCAGCCGGCGACACAAUCUGCUCCGAAUGCGGUUUAGUACUCGAAGCUCACAGUGUUGACGAGUCAUCAGAAUGGCGAACUUUUGCCAACGAAUCGUCCGAUCAUGACCCUAACCGUGUCGGCGGUCCGAUUAACCCGCUCUUAACCGACGGUGGACUCACCACUGUUAUCUCCAAAACUACCGGCAGUAAAUCUAAUAAUGAUAUGGUCUCCGGUGGCUCUCUUGCUAAAUGGCAAAGCCGCGGUUCGAACCCUGAUCGGGGUUUGAUUCAGGCUUUUAAGUCUAUUUCUGCAUUGGCCGAUAGGUUGGGACUGGUUACGACCAUAAAGGAUCGAGCUAAUGAGAUAUAUAAGAAGGUGGAAGAUCAGAAACCUUUAAAAGGGAGGAAUCAAGAUGCUAUUGCAGCUGCUUGUCUCUACAUUGCCUGUCGUCAAGAGAACAAGCCACGAACUGUAAAAGAGAUUUGCUCUGCUGUCAAUGGGGCAACUAAGAAAGAAAUUGGCCGAGCUAAAGAGUUUAUAAUGAAACAUCUGGAGGUAGAGAUGGGGCAUGUGGAAAUAGGAACUAUCCAUGCUGCAGACUAUUUAAGACGCUUUUGCUCGAACCUUGGAAUGACCAAUCAAGCAGUCAAGGCUGCCCAAGAAGCUGUCCAGAAAUCUGAAGAGCUUGACAUAAGGAGGAGUCCGAUAUCAGUGGCCGCAGCUGUUAUUUACAUUAUUACUCAACUAUCAGAUGAGAAGAAACCUCUCAAAGAUAUAUCCGUUGCGACUCGAGUUGCGGAAGGCACCAUCAAGAAUGUCUAUAAGGAUCUAUAUCCUCAUUUAACCCUGAUUAUACCGAGCUGGUUCGCCAAGGAAGAAGAUGUGAAGAAUUUGCACGCAUAGAUAAGCUCACAAACGCACACGAACGACGACAAAUUUUACUAUUAUUACAGGGUUGAGUACAAUGUUUUUUCAAUCGGAUAUAAAAGCUUUAAAGAAGCUAUAACUUUAUACCUUUCUCAUCCUGCACAUAGAAUAGGCUCUCUUCUUUCAUUUGUAUUCUUACUGGGAUCAUCGACAAGCAUUAAUAUUUGAAAAUAGGCUAAGUUAAAUCUUAAAUGCUAGCAGUUGAUUUAUGCUGAUGUUGAAGAUCGAUUCUGUAACGUUCUGCUUGUUCAAAUGGAAUUAUUUUCAUGUUUUUGUGUGUUA